CCUUCUCUUAAAAAGAGAAAAAAGAACUAAUCGGGGGAUUUCCGAAUCGUUGGCGGAAUUCUUCCGAGUUCCGACGCACUGCUUGUCGAGUUGUUGACUCGGGCUGUUGAGUUCUUUUUGUUUUUGUUGUUUAGUUUUCUCACAUUCGCCACUUGAAUGCCUCCAUUCUUCAUGACUUCGUCGCCAGGAUGAGAAGAACUAUUUUGGACUUAAUAUACUUAACAUCGUUCCUUUGUUUAUCCAAUUGUGCAUCCAACAGUAUUUUUAAUAGAGAAAAAAGGCAAUCAUGGCAGUGCCGCUCAGACCAGUUCAAAUGUAACAACGGCCAGUGCAUUAGGCAAUUUGAAGUAUGCGACGGUAAGAAAAAUUGUGGAGACGGAUCUGAUGAAACUCAGGCAAUCUGUACAAAACUCGGCAUCAUAUGUCCUACAUUCGCAUUCCGAUGCACUUACGGUGCGUGCGUGAAUUCGAACGUCAAAUGCGAUGGGAAACAAGAUUGUGCAGACAACUCUGACGAACUUUUGCCAGAAUGUCUCCAGUACCAACCGAUUCGUCCUACCAAAUGCUCGAAUCGACAAUUCGAGUGUAUUUCUGGUCAGUGCAUUAGUGAGUAUUCAGUCUGUGAUGGAAAUAGAGAUUGCGAGGACAGCUCUGAUGAAACCAUCACACAGUGCGUCAACAUAAGGUGUCCUCAGUUCAGUUUUCAAUGUGCUUAUGGAGCUUGUAUAAACAAAAAUAAAACGUGUGAUAAUACAUACGACUGCAGUGACGGUUCGGAUGAGGAUGAUGAGCUUUGCAAAGCCAAGAGACCUCGGCCCACUCGAACAAAACCCCCAUCUCAUCAUUUCCCAACUACCAGUGGUGGAUGCUUGCUUCCUGAGAAGCCUGACGAUGGGAGAUAUAUUGUACAAGGUUGCUCGAAAGACGACGUUACUCCAAAGUGCAGAGAAGUGCCCGGAACUUUAGUUCCCGAAACUGCAGUCCUGACGUACUCUUGCAACAAAGGUUUCGUUCUGCCUGAUAACGUCAAAAAUAUUUUCUGCCUCAGCGGGAGCUGGGAACCAGAACCACCCAACUGUGACAAGUUGUGUAAACCGCUUGUUUCUGAAUCGAUGAUUCUAAGGUGUUUUUUCAAAGGCGACGAAGUCCCUUGUUCACAGGAGAACAGGCCGGGUACCAAAGUCCGGCCAAAGUGUAAACCCUCUUACCACCUCCGCAACCCCGAGUUGUCUUUCGCUGAAACACAGUGCCUACCAGAUGGUACUUGGGAGAAGAUAUUGUUCAAGUGUGACGCAGAUUGUGGAAAGCCGAGCCAUCAAGUUAGCCAAACGUUGAUAAGCUAUGGUCAAGAGACCAAAGUAGGUGAUUAUCCCUGGCAUGCCGGACUUUACAGAAUCGAAAAUAAAGUGUACACGUUAUUUUGUGGAGGGACGAUCAUCUCUCCUCUUGCAGUGCUCACCGCGGCUCACUGCAUUUACGAUGAACAGCUCAAACGUGUAAAAAAUCCAAAAUCAAUUUACAUCACUGUUGGCAAGUACCGACGAAACUGGUCAUUAAAGGAUGCCUACGAGCAGAAAAUUCCAGUGAAAGACAUCAUACCUCAGAGAGCUUAUCGGGGCAAAUCGAACAGCUACGAGCAGGAUAUUGCGGUGAUUGAACUGAUGUUCAGCAUUAAAAUAAGUAGUGUUAUCUUGCCUGUCUGCAUUGACUGGGUAGGAGAACGCCCAUUUGGUAAUGGUGCACUAGGAACGGUUGUUGGAUGGGGGCUCGAUGAGUCAAGAGUAGGGACAGAAGUACUCAUGGCAGCAAAGUUGCCUUUUUACGACUGGGAAACCUGUACAAAAAAAUCACCUCCAGAAUUUCUUAGAUAUCUCACUUAUGAUAAAUUUUGUGCUGGGUACAAUAACGGGACCAGUGUACAGCAAGGGGACAGUGGUGGUGGUUUGACCUUCGUUAGAAACGGAAAUCAUUUUAUUUAUGGCAUAGUCAGCUUGAAACAGAAAAACCAAAACACCUUCGCUGCCUUUACAAAUGUAACAGAACAUCUCACCUGGCUCAACAAUGUGCUCAAAGCUGUGAAUGCCGUUCAUGUAAACUGAUCAGUGUUGAAUAUUUUUAAUUUAUUUACGCCAUUAUUUGUAGAUAACAAAUCUUCCCUACAUUAAUAAAUUAUUAAUGAUAUGAAAACACUGUUCAUUAUAGAAAUAAAAUAUACAUAUAGAAAAUAGC